AGCAUUUUCCUUUGCCUUUUAUUAUGCAUCAAGACAUCAUGGGCGUCACUUGAUGCAUCACAAAUGAACUCCCUCCUCUCGGAAACCAUGAGAGAACCUUCGGCUACAUUCGUCGCUAGGAAACCUUCACAAGCAUUAGACCCCUUUACAACCGGAAGGCGGCCCGCAGCCGUCGACCAAUCAAUGGUGCCCCGACCUGAAGUCAUUGGAAGGCCAUUUACGCCAAACUUCGACCAAUCAGUGAGAUUUCCAAGCUUUCCCUCGCCAGUGAUGCCCGGGCCUGAAGUCCUUGGAGGGCCAUUAACGCCAUCUGUUGCUGACAUCAGCAGUGCCAUCAACGAAGUGAAGGCAUUAAAUCUAAAAGAAGCACAGGUCGACAAACAGCUAUUUGAACAAAGAAUUGACACGCCUAACCUACAGACGAGCGGGUUCGGUCCCCAUCUACUGACCACCCCUGAGGCCAUGAACAUUGCGGAGCAGUCCGCCACACUUAUUGGAAGCGUAGCUAGGUCGAUAGAAACUGUCAAAACUAAACAACGUCUCACAACAGGAAACAUUCCCUCUGCGAUAGAAGGAUCUGCAGCUGGUCGAAGCAACAAAGACAUUCUAACUCAGAUGGAAUUCAUUCCCGCCAUAGUGAAUCAGUUCAGACCGUUUUGUCCAUACCAAUUAAAGCCCACCAGUGUUAGUACAGCCAAGUACAGAACUGCCGAUGGUAGCUGCAAUAACCUACAGAAUCCAUUGUGGGGGAAAUCACAGACUCCUUUUGAAAGAUUUAUCGACCCUUUCUACGAAGACGACGUCCAGGACCCGAGAAGUAGGGACGUCAAUGGCCGACCGUUACCUGGUCCACGUGAGAUCAGCAUCGCCGUCCACCAGAGAAGUACAGACAGACACGCCAUGGAACUCUCACAGUUUACCAUGGAGUUCGGACAGUUUGUUAGUCACGAUAUUCAGUUCAACGCUCUUGCUAAAGGUUACUUGAAUUCCAAUUUGGAGUGCUGUUCGAGGCUAGGACUUGGUAGACUGCACUCCAACUGUCUACCGAUAUCCUUACCAAAAGACGACCCCUAUUUCGGGACGUUCAAGAGGACGUGUAUGAACUUUGUACGAUCUCUCCAGUCCUCGGCACUGGACUGCAACGUGGGUCCCCGCCAACAGAUCAACCAGAACACACACUAUCUGGACGGAUCGGCCGUAUACGGCUCUGACCAGAAUACUAUGAACUCACUGCGGCUACGCACGGACGGUCUGUUGAAAUCUUCAUCUGUUGAUGGAGAAGAACUGUUAUCGCAAGAUACCAACAACUCUGCUUCAUGUCGUCUGCCAACCAACAACAACAAUGUUAAAUGCUUUAAUGCAGGUGACCGACGAGUAAACCAACAGCCUGCCUUGAUUUCUCUCCAGACCAUUUGGCAUCGGGAACACAAUAGGAUAGCCAAGAAACUGAAAACAGUCAACCCAGAAUGGAACGAUGAAACAUUGUUCCAGGAGUCUCGUAAAAUUGUCGGAGCCAUGAUUCAACACAUCACCUACCACUCGUAUCUGCAGGACAUUCUAGGAAAUGACAUCAUGAACAAAUUCGAUCUAAAACCAAAAUCGUCUGGAUAUUUUACCGGUUAUAACGCCAAUUUUAAGGCGAUGAUCAGGAACGUUUUUUCUACAGCGGCCUUCCGAUUUGGCCACAGUAUGAUUAAUGACAAACUGUCAUAUCAUCCAACAAAGGCUUUUUCUACCAACAUUAUGUCUGAUUUGAGAAAUAUUGUGCUGAAACCGGACUGGAUUUACAGAAAAGAUGGCGGAGUUGGCGCAGUCACUAAGGGAUUGUACGAGACAAACGCACAAAGCGUUGACAUGAGAAAGUCGUAUGAAGUUACAAGACAUUUGUUUGAAUCUGGACCAGGAACCGGAAUAGACCUGGCCGCCAUCAAUAUCCAGAGAGGGCGUGAUCAUGGACUGGCGCCUUACAAUGUGUGGAGGUCUGUCUGUCGACUGGAACCGGCCACUACGUUCACCACUGGAGCCGGGGGUCUGAUUGAUCACCCCGAGGACGCUGUUUUGGCGCUUAAAUCCAUUUACAAGAGUGUCGAUGAUAUAGAUCUAUUUACGGGAGGUGUCUCCGAAAAUCCACUUCCGGGUGCUCGAGUGGGCCCUCUAUUUGCUUGUAUCAUCGGUCUGCAAUUUAAAGCAUUGAAGUAUGCAGAUCGAUUUUACUACGAAAACGAUGUAGAAAAUGCGAAAUUCACACCAGAACAGUUGAAUGAAAUAAGGAAAACGUUGAUGGCAAACGUCAUCUGCAGAAACACAGAUAUCAGCAAAAUUCACAGAAACGUGUUCGAAAAGAAAACUGUAAGCACUCCCGAGUUUUCUUGUUCGGAAUUCAAGAACGACAUUGAUUUCACCAAAUGGAAUUCUUGUGUUCCCCAAGAUGGUGGUUGGUCCUCGUGGAGAUCAUUACCAGGAGGGUGCAUGUCUCGCAGAGUCUGUAACAAACCCGCCCCUAACAGAUGUGGAAAACCAUGUAGUGGAAGUUCUUUUCAGAAUAAUUGUCCUCUUCCGGACCUCAGAAUGCAAGCCCCAUCCGAGCCUUCAAAUCUUUUUCAAAGAUUUACUUUCAGACGACAUGAUGACAUUAGAAACGUGUAGAAAGAACUUCAUAUACCACAACAAAUGUGCAAUAAUUUACAAAACGUUCGCUCAAAAAAAAAAAAUCCUCGACGUAU